AUGUUUAUAGUCAGAAAGAACAUCCCAGCUCUGCCGUGCGGUAAAGCGCUGUAUUCCUACGAAGGCAAAGAACCGGGCGACCUGCAGUUCUCCAAAGGUGACAUCAUCAUCCUGCGACGCAAAGUGGACAAUAACUGGUACCACGGCGAGCUGAACGGCUGUCACGGGUUCCUGCCGGCGAGUUACAUCCAGCUUCUGCGGCCCCUGAGCCAGACGCCGCCCCAGGGGAAGGCGCUCUACGACUUUGAGGUUAAAGACAAGGAUCAAGAUAAGGACUGUCUGGCGUUUAGCAAGUGA